AAAAACUUUACUUUCUUUCUUUCUUUUUCUUAUUAGUAAAUUCUGUCUCCAUUAGCUAACUUAAUUACUCUGCCGUCGAUGGUCUGACUUUUUUUUUUUUGCUUUUGAAUUACUAAGUUAACAAAAGACUUUACCUUUUUCAUAUCGAACAAUGGGUCAUUGCUGCAGCAAAGACGUAACCGCUGUUAGAAACGAUGGAAGUUCCGCCGUCGUCGUUAACCAUAAUAUGCCGCCAUCACCGCCGCCAUCACCACCGCCACCAACAAGUGUACAUGCAGCUGAGACGCCGCCAUCUGUUAAUGAUGAUAGCUCCUUUGCAGCCAGUCCAUUCCAGAGCCCUCUACCUGCUGGAGUUCGGCCGUCUCCUUCUCCUGCACGUACUCCGGGGAGAAAGUUUAGAUGGCCGUUGCCUCCUCCUUCUCCGGCGAAGCCUAUUAUGGCGAUUAUGAGGCGGAGGGGACAGCCGAAGGAGGUCCCUAUACCAGAGGACGGCGGAGAUGGACCGGAGGGAGAUAGGCAGCUUGAUAAGAGUUUUGGAUAUCCCAAGAAUUUUCAGGCGAAGUUUGAGUUAGGUAAGGAGGUUGGACGAGGGCACUUUGGUCAUACUUGUUGGGCUAAGGGUAAGAAAGGAGAGCUUAAAGGACAGUCUGUAGCUGUUAAGAUCAUUUCCAAAGCCAAGAUGACAACAGCAAUAUCCAUCGAAGAUGUUCGUCGGGAGGUAAAAAUAUUGAAAGCCUUAUCUGGACAUAGGCAUAUGAUCAAAUUUCAUGAUGCUUUUGAGGAUGCCAAUAACGUCUACAUAGUGAUGGAAUUGUGUGAAGGUGGAGAACUACUAGACAGAAUUUUAUCAAGAGGUGGAAGAUAUCCUGAGGAAGAUGCUAAAACUAUUAUUGUGCAAAUAUUGAGUGUAGUUGCCUUUUGUCAUCUGCAGGGUGUUGUGCACCGUGAUCUUAAGCCAGAGAAUUUUCUGUUUACCACAAGAGAUGAGGAUGCUCCAUUGAAGAUUAUUGAUUUUGGUUUAUCAGAUUUUAUUAGACCAGAUCAACGGCUCAAUGAUAUUGUUGGCAGUGCAUAUUAUGUUGCACCUGAGGUGCUACAUAGAUCAUACACUGUUGAAGCUGAUAUGUGGAGUAUUGGUGUCAUAACAUAUAUAUUGUUAUGUGGAAGUAGACCUUUCUGGGCUAGAACCGAAUCAGGAAUUUUCCGUUCUGUGUUAAGAGCCGAUCCUAACUUUGCUGACUCACCUUGGCCUGCGGUAUCACCAGAAGCCAAAGAUUUUGUGAAACGGCUUCUGAACAAGGACCACAGGAAGAGAAUGACUGCUGCCCAAGCUCUAACUCAUCCAUGGUUACGAGAUGAAAAGCGACCUGUGCCUUUGGAUAUUUUGAUCUACAAGUUGGUUAAGUUAUAUGUCCGGGCCACACCGUUUAAACGUGCAGCAUUGAAGGCUCUUUCGAAAGCUAUCCCAGAAGAUCAACUAUUUUACCUUAAGGCUCAGUUUAAGCUCUUGGAACCAAAAGAUGGAUUUGUAUCCCUUAAUAAUUUUAAAGCGGCAAUAAUGAGAAAUGUUACUGAUGCCAUGAAGGAGUCACGGGUUCUUGACAUUUUUAAUGUGAUGGAACCACUCUCAUAUAGAAAAAUGGGGUUUGAGGAGUUCUGUGCGGCAGCAGUCAGUACUUAUCAACUUGAGCCCCUUGAAGAGUGGGAGGAUAUUGCAAGGACUGCUUUUGAGUACUUUGAACAAGAAGGAAACAGGAUUAUUUCAGCUCAGGAAUUGGCUAUGGAAAUGAAUUUGGGUCCUACUGCCCAUUCUAUAGUCAAUGACUGGAUUAGAAGUUCUGAUGGGAAAUUGAGCUUCCUUGGAUAUACCAAAUUUUUACAUGGCGUGACAAUUCGGAGUUCGAAUACAAGACCUCGAUAGCAUACCUGGAGAUACAAAAUUGUUGAUUUUUUUAAUCCUCAAAUCUUUCGAUUUUUUCCCCCCAAAAUCUUAUUAGAAGUAUAAAAUGAAAGCUUUAGACAGGACAGUGUUGAGAGUAUGAUAAUCACACCAUUGUGAUUUUUCUUUGUCAAAAUAUCCACAUGAUCCUCGAGCACAUUUUAAAGAUAUCUACAACCUUCUUUGUAAAGAUGAAUGUGCAUACAGUACAUGUUCAAAUCCUUGAUACAAAAUACAAAUGAGAAUCUUGUUUUCUUUA